AGUGGGGUGACAAAUCCCUAUAUAAAUUCAGGUUUCCAAAAAACAAGCUAAGGCUGAAACUGUAGAAGUACUGAAUUAGGGGUGACUUGAACGUCUCUGCAAUCAUGCCAAGAGUACCACCACAACAGCAGCUGAGUACAAACAUGAAGGAGAUUAAGAAAGGGGCAUGGUCUCCAGAGGAAGACCAAAAAUUGAAAUAUUAUAUCAUGAGAUAUGGCAUCUGGAAUUGGAGCCAAAUGCCCAAAUUUGCAGGGCUUUCAAGAACGGGAAAAAGUUGUAGACUUAGAUGGAUGAACUAUCUCCGCCCUGAUGUUAAGAGAGGACCUUUUACCAUGGAAGAAGUCGAAAUAGUCAUUAAAAUGUAUCAGGAACUUGGAAACAGAUGGUCAGCCAUUGCUGCAAGAUUGCCAGGAAGAACGGACAACGAAAUUAAAAACUUCUUCCACACACACUUAAAGAAGCAUUUUGGAGUGAAAAAUGAUGCCUCAAUGAAGAGUACUUAUAAGGCAAGAAGCAAUAAAAAGGUCCUGAAGAAAACCAAAGAAAAUGAGAUGACAAAUGUUGAAAAAGGAUCACCAAAUGGUUGUAAUUCAUCAGAGAACAGUAAUAUUACAUGGGAAGAAAAUCAAAUGAUGGAUGUUUCUAUGAAUUGUUACAAUGUUGUGGAUCAGCCAAUUAUUAACACGGAAAUUAACCCGGUUAUCCUGGAGAGCAACCCAGAAACUGGUGGAGUCGCCACGUGUCAGUUUGAGUAUACUCACCCAUGCACAAUUUUCGAUUGUUCGAGCUUCGACUCCUUCGACCAGUACUUUGAUAUGAGUUCAACCUGGAUUGAUGAUGUACUUUGGGAUGCCUAACAUCUUAUCUUUUGAGACAUGUAUAACUGAUGAGAACCCAUUGAUUUUUCAGUUUACCAAGCAUUUUUUGGCCCUCUUUUUUUUAGUGGGAUUAGACAAGCUUCUAAGUUCUAAUUGUUCUUUAAGGGCUGUUUGACCAUGCAAUUUGAAUUUUGGGUUUUUGUUUAUGAUAUUUGAACAAAUUUCAACUUCAAUUUAAAAUUUUGAUUUUAAAUUUCAAAUUCACCUAAAAGGUAGAAUUUCAAUUUCAAGUUUGUGAUUUCGGGUUUUUUUAUAAUAUAAUUUUAAAAUUUGACCUAUGAGUUUAUAUUUUGCAAAAAAAGUCUCAUGCUCAACAUGUAGAGGUUGUGUAAUAUGUGGAUCAAGUAAUAGCUAGUUACUACUAUUGUUGAUUUAUUGGACUAGUGAAUCUUAUUAAAUUAUGUGCAUUUGAAAGUUUGUAAUAGCAAGUAUUUAUUUAUC